UAAAGCCACGCGCGGCCGGCCCGACAUUACAGCGUGAGCGUGGCAGUAUUUGACAUCGCAAUCGGGCGUGGGAAAGGAAGCUCCGAAUCUGGGAAAAGCCUUCUCCCUGGUGGCAGAGUUAAAAAUGGCUUCGGAGAAAAAAGUUUUCCUGUACGAAGAAGUGGCAAAGCACAAUCAGAUCAAAGAUUGUUGGCUUAUCAUAUCUGGGAAGGUCUAUGAUGUCACCCCUUUCAUGGAAGAUCAUCCUGGAGGUGAUGAUGUUCUGUUAUCUUCCACAGGAAAAGAUGCAACCAACGAUUUUGAAGAUGUGGGACACAGUGAUUCGGCUAGAGAAAUGAUGGCAAAAUACUGUAUUGGGGAGAUUGAUGCAACAACCAUCCCCAAGAAGCGAAAGUACCUUCCACCUCAGCAACCUUCUUACAAUCCCGACAAGACCAAUGAUUUUGUGAUCAAGAUUCUGCAGUUCCUUCUCCCUCUCCUGAUAUUGGGGUUAGCCUUCGCUGUCCGACAAUACACCAAGAAAGAUUAGAGAGACCCUUUUCGUUGAUUUGAACUUUGGGAAGGUUUAGUUUGCUGUCUCCAUUCAGCCGUUUAAAAAUUGUGGUUAGCUUCUCUCUUGUAUGGGCAUUGGAACUGGAUUGUUCAUUUAGUAAUUGUUUUCCGUCUUUAGUACGCAGCCGUAUUGAUAGUCAGCGACUGCAAGGUAUCGUGAUCUUCGUUGACAUGAAAAAACCGUUUCCUCUCUUUA